AUGGAGACUCUCCCUGCCGCUUGGGUCCUGGCGCUGCUUUGCCUAGGUUCCCACCUUCUACAGGCAGUUAUCAGCACAACAGUGAUUCCAUCGUGUAUCCCAGAAGAAUCUGAGGAUAAUUGUACAGCUUUAGUUCAGAUGGAAGACGAUCCCCGUGUGGCUCAAGUGUUGAUUACGAAGUGUAGCUCUGACAUGGACGGCUACUGCUUGCAUGGACAAUGUAUCUACCUGGUGGACAUGCGUGAGAAAUACUGCAGAUGUGAAGUGGGCUACACUGGUCUGCGGUGUGAACACUUCUUUCUCACUGUUCACCAACCCUUGAGCACAGAAUACGUUGCAUUGACAGUGAUUCUCAUCUUCCUGUUUCUUAUCAUAACCACUGGAUCCAUAUACUAUUUCUGCAGAUGGUACAAAAAUCGAAAAAGUAAAAAAUCCAGGGAGGAAUAUGAGAAAGUUACCUCAGGAGACUCAGUGUUGCCUCAAGUCUGAACAGUGCCAUCAAAUUAUGGACAAGGAUGCACAACAUGCCUGGCUGAUGUCAAUAUUUUGUCGUGUUAAUAAUAUUUAUGUUGGGUCAUAUGUUAGGUCAAUAACUGUAUAUUUUUAAUA